AGCGGCUCUGACCGCUCAGACUGAGGAGGAAGAGGAGGAAGAGGAGGAAGAGGAGAGGAGGAGGAGAAACGGGAGGAGGAGUGUCGGUGCAGAGGCUCCGUCAGUCAGUCAGUAAAUAGUCGGUAAACGGUCAGUAAACGGUCGGUAACGGUCUUUAACGGUCAGUAACGGUCAGUAACGGUCGGUCAGAUGAAGAAGAUGAUGCUGCUUCUUCAGCUCGGCGGUCCCGUGUCUUCUCGUGGAGGAUGGCUGGUCAGCGUUAAGCUAGGUUGCAGUGAUCAGGAGGUCUGAGGUGAGACGAGGGAUCAUGGGAGAUGGAGGACCUCUGCAGACUGAGGGGAACGCCCUCCUCAAAGCCGUCUUCCAGGGGAAGCUGAGGUUGACCCGCCUGCUGCUGGAGGGCGGCGCCUACAUCAAUGAGGGUAACGAGCGCGGAGAGACCCCCAUUUCCGCUGCCUGCUUGGCGAACUACGACGACCCGCAGGCCCGGCAAAGGAUGGUUCGGUACCUGCUGGAGAAAGGGGCGGACCCGAACAUCCCCGAUAAGAGCGGGAGGACGGCGCUGAUGCACGCCUGCGCCGAGCAGGCAGGGAAGGAGGUGGUGUCACUACUGCUCGAGAACGGAGCUGAUCCCAGUCUCAGGGACUACUCUGGUUCCUCUGCGCUCGUCCACGCUAUCAACAAGGGCGACCGCGACACCCUACAGGUCCUGCUGGACGCCUGCAAGGCCAAAGGCAAGGAGGUGAUCAUAAUCACCACUGAUACAUCUCCAUCAGGCACCAAGAAGACCAAACAGUACCUCAACUCUCCCCCUUCCCCAGGCAUCGUGGACAAGCUGUCUCCAGCCUGCAUGUCUCCCUCUGAGGUUGAGAUCGGCACCUCCUCGCCUGCAGGAGAUAAGAGCGAUGAGGGGAUCUUCAGCUUCGCCCUCACCUCAGCUUUACCUUUACCUUCAGCUCGACCUCCAGGUGAGAAGAGGCCGCCACCUCGCAAGCUGCUGAAGAGGCUGAACUCGGAGCCCUGGGGCCUGGUGGCGCCCUCGGUGCUGGUUCCUCAGGAUCGGGUGGAUGGAGGUCUGGAGGAAGAGGGCGGCUGUGAUCUCAGCAGGACGAUCACUGAGAUCAACGGCCUGUCCAUCACAGAACCGGUCAGACCUUUGCUGUCACGGCGACACAGCAUCGAGACCCACGACCCCUGUUCCCCCAAACUCAUCGACCGGUCCUGCUCCGAGGACUGCGCAGCCCUCUCUGGAUCCUGGGCCGACAAAGUCCAACAGCACCAGAUCCUUUACCGCAGGAACACGGCCCCGGAGUCCCAGGAGAAUGCCGGAGGACCUGGGGCAGUUGCGGCCCGUGCCCUGGCUCACCCCAAACUGACCCGGAUGGAGCACUACGAGUCGGACACCCAUCUCUGCCCAGAGUCCAUCCCUGGAUCUCCAGACUCUGGUCGGGUGUCUGUGGAGCGAAGGAGGUACAACGCCUCGCCCCUGUCCCUGGUCACAAGCUCCUCCAGAGAGUCUCUUGAGAACAUCCCCAACUCGGUGUCCCCUAUGACCAUGCGCCGGCGUCCGCCUGGGCUCCUGGAGCGCCGGGGCUCAGGAACUCUCUUGCUGGACCACAUUUCCCACACCAGACCCGGCUUCCUGCCUCCACUCAACAUCAACCCCCAGAGACCCAUCCCCGACAUCCGGGCCAAUGGUAAACCCACCUCCCCAGUCCACUCUGGACACAAGAUCCUGGUUCCGGUGGCCCCCGCCUCGCCCAAACGGGGCCCGGACUUCAAGAUGAAGAAGAAGCUGAUGAGGAGACACUCGAUGCAGACGGAGCAGAUGAAACAGCUCUCCACCUUCCAGGAGAUCCUUGCUGAGAAGGUCAUCGAGUCCAAUGGGGAUUGAUGACAGGAGGCGCCAGAGCAAGGCAUGAUGGGUAGCUGCAGAGACUUGUUACUGUGAAGCUUCUGCAUCUGAUCAGCACCUCACUGACGAACUCUGUGACACUUCCUGGUCUUUAUAGAGGGCUGCACCAACAAGGAUUUUAUUAAACUGAGAGAAGCAUUCAGUCAGAGUUUAGUUAAACUAGAUUUAAACCUGAGCCUCAAUUUAAACAGUAAUCUCUGGUUCUGAGGUUAAAAUUAGUUUUAAUAAAGAAGAAACUGCAGCCAAAAGAAAGGAAAUCUAAAUCAAAGUACUCUGGACAUCCUGAAGAUCUUCUAGAUCAUUGACAAUCAAAACUUAUCUAACUUGAUCUAAGAGGUGGGGUCACGUUACACCUGUUUUAGCCUCUUUAGACCAGCUACCUGUUCAUGUUUGAAUCUAGGAUUUUAUUGCGGACGUUUACUGCAUUGCAUUUGCCAAGCUCCAUGCUGCAUCACCAAACUCGAGCAAUGUCCUCUGGUCUUACCAAGACCUAGACCCAGACCACCAAGUCUUUUCUGUUCAGGUCCUGAGACUCCUGAAGAGAGGAUCCACUCAGCUGAGUCUGAAUCCUCUUUUAAAUCACUUCACUUUAAAUCAGAUCUCACUUUGACUGAAGUUUAGAACCGAGUUCAUUUGCCCAGUUGCCUCCGACUCACCUCCAACGUCCUCAGAUCUGGACCAACCACAAACUAAACUAGACUACGACCGCAAAGCAAAAUCGUCAACCUGCAGCUAAAAACUAAAACUAAAAGCAAAAAUGAAAAAUUUAUUUUACAGCUCAGUAACACCAGCAGCUGCAGCCACCUUCACCGUGUUUAAACCAGUUUAGUUUUAACUCUGGACGAUGAAGAUCAGGAGGUGUGGUUGAAAGUUUCGAAGAAAGUGAAGAUAUUUUGUUUUCAGACUGAAGACUUUAAAAAGUUAGCAGACAGCGACACCUACUGGACAAAAACAUUGACGUAGAAAGUGAAAUGUGAAUAAAUAAAUAUACAAAAGAGCAACAGGCAGUAAGAUUAAAUAAACUGCAGCAUGUAAUUAAAGGUCAGCUGACUAAAGGACUAAUCGAAGGUUUCAGGUUAAGUUAAGUUUAAUAAAAUCUUUGCCGCAUAGUUACUGAACUGUGAACGUGUGCAGUCCAGGUGUUGGUCGGAUGAGAAGAGCGAUCACUGUGGGCUGUAGGAAAUUAAAAUGAGCUGUUUCCUGUCUCCUCACAUUUAACAAACAAUAAAUCUAUAGAAGAUAAUCAGUGGAUUAACCGAUUCUUUUGGGAUGCAACGUGAUAUACAUGGUGUUAAUUAAUCACUGCAUCAGCUGAAAACAUGUUACUGUACCUGUUUGAAACCUCGAGUAGAACAAUAAGAGGUUUGUAUCUGGACGUGUGGAAGCAGGUGACGUGUUGUCGGUGCAGCUCUCCUCAGUUUCCUCUGCUGAACCACAGGAAGCCUCUGGGUCAAAGUCAGUUUACAGUCCUGAUGCUUCCUCCUCAUUCAUCAACUUCAAUCAAAAACUGAUGAGACUAUAAAAAUGAUCAGACUUGUUUGAUGUUUACAGAUGCACUAUUUGCACCGAGGUCGUGUCCAUGUUCCUGCUGGUGACGGAUAAAAACAUGAACCUUGUUCUGGAGCUGAAGAGUCUGAAGGUCGGCUCCAAAAACGAACUCUCAUCUUUUCAUGAAUGAAUCCAACCUAUUUAUUUUCAUGACCUACUGCGCUGUACGUACUGUAAUUAUCUACACACUAGUCAAUAUUAUAGUUGGUAUUUCUGUGUAAAAGAAUUGUCUUUAUUUUACAGUUCAGAGGGAUGUUUGAACCGUGUCUCAGUGACGACGACACUGAGGCAAUAAUUGAUCUAAUUUGUGUUGAGAUGAAGUGAAAUGAAGUUUGAAUUUAUUGUUUAAGAAAUUCCAAAGAAGUUCGUGGGCGAUCUGAACCAAAACCUGCCGAGACUGUAAAUACUGUAAAGAUCCAUCUGUGCAACAGCCUGUAAGGUCAACCCUGAAGCACUUCGUCCGAUUCUACACCAGGGGGCGCUGGAGGGCGGUUAAAGGAACAGUCCCACAUUGUCUCUGUCGUCUCCAGAGUCAGAGUCCGGCACAGAGACAGAGACUGUUCACAUCAGUCCUCUGGAAAACUAAACACUGACAGAGCUUACAGCUAACAGAGCUAACAGCUAACAGCUAACAGAGCUAACAGAGCUAACAGCUAACAGCUAACAGAGCUAACUGCUAACAGGGCAGGCUGUAUCUUCAAACAGAGACAGGUUAGCAGUCUGUGUCUGUCUGUUCUCUUCUUUCAAUCAUUCAGUCAACUCAAACACAUCAUCCCUGUGGUUGCCGUGGUUUCACAGUGAGCGGGUCGCCUGAUUGGACAGUUUUACUUGUUCUUUAACUUGACAUUGGUCGUUACAAUUUCAGCUUCUUUUUUAACGUUAUGACAAAACGUUUGGUUUUGUUGCCGAGGUUUAAAGUGUGAGGAGGAGCAGAGGGGAAGUGAAUGGGACAGGUGUGUACAGGUGAUCUAAAAACUUCAGGAAGAUACUGUGAUCAACAUCUGUAGUAGAAAUGUAGGUAGGCUACUUUAAAACCCUUAGCGCCUGAUUACAGAAAUCUGUCUCAUAACUCAGUCAGAGUCAGAGUCAGACCUGAACCACAUGUUGAUCUGAUCCAGUGUGACCUCACUUCCUGAUGAUGUCAUUAUCUCUCAUGUCCCUCCACAAUAAAGCUCCAGAGAAACUUCAGAGUUUCCUGUUUUUAAGUUUCCUUUAGUAUCACAGUAAAACAGUGAGAGUUGUCCGAGCAUCAUGAUACACUGCAGACAGGAAGUGAUCACAGCUGCUGCUAAUGGGACAGUUUGAUGACAUGGAGGCAGAUCAGGGUAAACGGAAAUGAGACUCAAGCUGUGACUCCAUGGCAACUUUAAACUUCCUGUUUGUUGAUAUCUGUUCAUGUCAGUGAAGACGUUUUGAAACAUUAUCUAAAAGACUUUGUAGAAAAAAGAAUUGAAUCGUUAUGAUAUAGCAGCUCAUAUUCUCUCUUUGUAUAUAGAUGGACGUAAAACACAUAUCCUAAAUGAAAACUGGUCUGUGUGUACGAUGACCGAGGACCGUCAGUCACACACUGAGUUGAAAGAGUUGAACCACUAACUGUGAACGCAGCAGCAGAGACCUGUGUGACCUGGAGACCGGCAGCCGUCUGACUCUGGAGACGACAGAUUUACAGAAAUGUUAAAACGUUCCUUUAAAUUUAUAUGAAGGUUAAUUAAAAAAAAAAAAAAAAAGCUCCAGGACCUCUUCCUGAGGGACUCCACAUGGUCCUGAAAGAGACUCCGACUCUCUGAGACCUGUGGAUGAAGUUUGACUGAGCUCCUGAAGUUCUGUCAGAAUCUAAAGUGAACGUGAAGUUUCAGCCUCUGAUACUUCACAACUGAACUUUCAUCAGUCAGAAGAUUGGGAAUAAUUUUAUCCUGAUAAAACCGAGCUCUGUCGAGUCUGUUCCCCAGUCUGACUGGUUCAAACUGGUUUACAUGGGCACAGACUGGUUUAAAGUAAAGCUGGUUUAAACAGGAUCUGAUUCUGGGUCAUAUUGGUUUAAACUGGUUUAAUGUGGAUCAGACUGGUUUAACCUGGAUGAGGCUUGCUUAAACUGGAUCACACUCUGGAUCAGACUGGUUUAACCUGUCUUAAACUGGAUCAGACUGGUUUAAUCAGACUCAAACUGGUUUAAACUGGACCAGAACUGGGUCAGACUUAACUGGAGACUUGUUUAGACUGAAUAAGACUGGCACAGAGUGUUUUAGACGGAUGUGAACUAGAUGAGACUGGUUUAAUCUGGUUUAAACUGGAUCAGACUCGGGCUCAGACUGGUUUAGACUUGUCCAGACUGGUUUAAAGUGGUCCAGACUGGUUGCAACUGGACCUUGUUGUUGUUGUUGGUAGAUACUUGAAGUUUAAACUGAAAUAUUUUUGUAAGCCUGUCAGCUGAUAGAAACGUCUCUAAUGAAUCUGUGAUCUAUUUUUCUUCCUUCACUUUGAUUGUAACUCAAACUGUGGAAUAAAAACAUUUCAUGUUCAACACCUGUAACUUCCACCAGG